AUGACAGACAGCAGAGCAGCUGACUAUGAAAACCAAAUUGAUGAGAACACAGAUCCCACUGAGGUCAUCUCCAAAGCAAAUGCCGACAUAAAGACACCACUCAUCUUUGGUGACAUUGCACCGAGCAGAAAGAGGAAUGCAGUACCAUGCACAGCGACGGGCUGCAAAUGGCCCAAAUCUGGAAGUUAUGUCUAUAUUCCCAUCUACAUUGCCAAUCAUUACUCUGGGGCAGAACUUAGCAUCAUCCUUAGAGCCCUGUUGAGCUUCGAACGUUCCACCUGCAUUCGCUUUGUUUGGAGGAGGACACAAUCAAGCUACCUUUACUUCUACUCUGGAUCUGGGUGUUGGUCCUACCUCGGCCGUCAGGGUGGACGUCAGCCGGUGUCCCUUAGGAAAAAUGGCUGCAUUUUCCAAUCAACAGUGGAACAUGAGAUUAACCACGCUCUGGGCUUCCAUCAUGAGCAAGUCCGCUCUGACAGGGACAACUACGUCCAGAUUUUGACCCAGAACAUUAAACCAGGUUAG